AUGCAUCUAGAGAACAAAGAUGGUGGGCUGACCUCUGGUGUGCUGGAGAUGGAGCUACAUCAGUCAUCUGCUCCUAUGUGUGCUGGCCUGGGAAGGCCAGGGCUGGCGGUACCUGCCACCAGCAACCGCAGGCUACUGCAGGGAGUCAACAGGGUAGACCCCACAUCCCCCUACUCCAGCAGGGCAACUGGGCAGAGCUGCUUGGCUUCUGUGGACCAGGAUUUUGGUUCAUUCCUCACAGAGCAGAGGUCUCACUCUUUACCUCAGUUCUCCAACUCCAGGUCAAAAGACCCCUGCUUUACAGAAAAUACCCCUUUGCUGGGAAAUUCCUCACAAGAGAAAGGGUCAUGGGGCAUGCCUAUUUGCCAUCCAGAGUUUAUCACUGCUGAAGAAUCUUGGGGGAACAGCUCAGCUGAGUGGGAUGGAGGAUCUCUGCUGAGCAAAGACUUGGCUGGUUCCUCUGGAUCUGCCUCCCAAGAGAAAGGGGAGCUUCUGGACAGUGCUCACAUCAGGUCCCGUCUUUUGAAACUGAGGUGCUGUAUACGGUGGCUGAAAGUUGCAAGCCUGUUUGUCUUUGUGGUGGUGUGCUCUAUUUUAUUCAGCCUGUAUCCAGAUCAAGGAAAGUUCUGGCAGUUGUUGGCUGUGUCACCCCUGCAAAGCUACUCUUCAAACCUCACCAGCCAUGUGGACUCCACACUGCUCCAGGUGGACCUGGAAGGGGCCCUGGUGGCCAGUGGCCCAAGUCAUACUGGAAGAGAAGAACAUGUUGUGGUGGAGGUGACCCAGGCCGAUGUUCCAGGCUCCAGGCGGCGGCGGCCACAGCAGGUCACUCAGAAUUGGACUGUAUUUUUAAAUCCGAGAAGAAGUGAGCGCUUGGUGGUGAGCAGGACCUUUGAGAUACUGAGCAGAGAUACUGUUUCUAUCAGCAUUCGAGCCUCUGUCCAGCAGACCCAGGCUGUUCCUCUUCUGAUGGCUCAUCAGUAUCUCCGUGCAAGCAUAGAAGCACAAGUGAUCAUUGCUGUGGUCAUCCUUGCUGGGGUCUACAUGCUGAUUAUAUUUGAGAUUGUUCACAGAACACUGGCAGCCAUGUUGGGUUCCCUUGCAGCAUUAGCAGCGCUGGCUGUGAUUGGAGACAGACCCAGCCUGACCCAUGUGGUGGAGUGGAUUGAUUUUGAGACCUUGGCCCUGCUAUUUGGCAUGAUGAUCUUAGUAGCCAUAUUUUCAGAAACUGGAUUUUUUGAUUAUUGUGCUGUAAAGACAUACCAGCUCUCUAGGGGAAGAGUGUGGGCCAUGAUCAUCAUGUUGUGUCUCAUUGCCGCUGUCCUGUCUGCCUUCCUAGACAAUGUCACCACAUUGCUGCUUUUUACUCCUGUGACGAUAAGUCCCCAUGUUCCCUUUGCUGGUGUGCCCUGGUCCAGCCCGUGCAUCCUCCAGGACUGUGGUGCUCAGUGCUCAUGGCUAUGGCUAUGGCUUUUCCUUGUGGCCAUGGCUAUGGCAGGAGCAGUGGCGGCCAUAGAAAUAUACAUGGAAGUCACCAGACAUGGUUCCCCAGCAUAUCAUGGCCCUUCUGUGCUUGGACCCACCAUGUCCUGGUACUUGGUCAUAGGGAAACACAUACUCCCUGAGUGUUCAUGGGAGCAAGAUCUCUUAGGAUGGUUCUUUGUUUGUGGGAUUUCCAGUACUGAACAGGGCCUGGACUUCGCAGGAUUUACUGCACACAUGUUCGUUGGGAUUUGCCUCAUUCUACUGUUCUCCUUUCCACUCCUCAGACUCCUUUUCUGGAACAAAAAGCUUUAUAACAGGGAGCCCAGUGAGAUUGUUGAACUGAAGCACGAGAUCCACGUCUGGCGCCUGACUGCGCAGCGCAUCAGCCCGGCCAGCCGAGAGGAAACAGCGGUUCGGGGCCUGCUCCUGGGGAAGGUGCAGGCACUGGAGCACCUGCUGGCCCGAAGGCUGCAUACCUUUCACAGACAAAUCUCACAGGAAGAUAAAAAUUGGGAGACCAAUAUCCAGGAACUCCAGAAAAAGCACAGGAUAUCAGACAGGAUUCUGCUCACCAAAUGCCUGAUGGUGUUGGGAUUUGUUAUCUUCAUGUUCUUUCUCAAUUCAUUUGUUCCUGGUGUUCAUCUUGAUCUUGGGUGGAUUGCUAUUAUGGGUGCCAUCUGGUUGCUAAUUUUAGCUGAUAUCCAUGAUUUUGAGAUAAUUCUACACCGAGUGGAAUGGGCAACUCUUCUGUUCUUUGCAGCACUUUUUGUUCUAAUGGAGGCACUGGCACAUCUCCACUUAAUAGAAUAUGUUGGAGAACAGACUGCUUUGCUAAUAAAGAUGGUCCCAGAGGAUCGGCGCCUCACAACUGCCAUCAUCCUGGUGGUCUGGGUCUCAGCCAUUGCAUCAUCCUUGAUUGACAACAUCCCAUUUACCGCUACAAUGAUUCCUGUACUCCUGAACCUCAGCCAAGACCCUGAGGUCAGCCUGCCUGCACCACCACUCAUGUAUGCCCUGGCCCUUGGCGCCUGCCUGGGAGGUAAUGGGACACUGAUUGGAGCAUCGUCAAAUGUAGUUUGUGCAGGAAUUGCUGAGCAGCAUGGAUAUGGAUUCUCUUUCAUGGAAUUUUUCAGGUUGGGCUUCCCAAUGAUGGUUGUCUCCUGCACAGUUGGGAUGUGUUACCUCCUUGUUGCUCAUGUCGUGAUGGGAUGGAAUUAA